AUGAAGCGGAGUCGCAUUCAGUUUGAGGCUAAUGGCGAUUCUUCGUCUGUGUCUCCGCAAGGCGGCUUCUCUCCGGACGACAAUCCUCGGGCUCAGCAGCAUGUCCCGAAGAUCUCACGGCGAAUACGUGCAUGCACCGAAUGUAAGCGGCAUAAAGUGCGCUGCGACAUGAAGACAGGUGAGUCGACGUGCUCGCGAUGUCGACGGAUGGGGUUGGAAUGUGUCGUCAACAAAAGUCUGCAGACAUUACUCGAGGACGAGGCCGACUGGAAGAAUGUGAUCGAGCUUGCUAUGACAGACCUGCUCAGAAAGGCUCAACUACCGGAGCUAUCAUACUACCAAGCAGGCGGAUCAAUCAUAGAAACGCCGUUCCAAAAGCAUGUCCGGAAAGAGUCCUCUGUCGCCUCAACCUAUGGGUUAUCUCAGCCACAGCAGCAGUAUUCUAUUGAUCGUGAGACCCCGGCUACAUCACUGGUCACAGCCCCAAUGGGAAGUUUGUAUGAGGUGACACAACUGAGCGAGAACCGUGGGAGCUCACCUGGCAAUCUUUACGCCCCUGACCAAGCUCUAGUAACGGAUUUUAUAUCCCGAGGAGUAGUGGAGUUACAGGAAGCUGAAGAGUUAUUCUAUCACUUCGAUGUUGUGUUAAAUCGCUAUCUCUGGGACGGAGCGCUAUUGGCCCAUAAAGACUUGGCUUCUGUUCGACGAUCGUCUUCUAUGCUAUCGGCGGCCAUUCUAGCUGUAACGGCGCUUCAUAUGCCCAAUAAAGAGCGCACCUUCGACACCUGUUAUACCGAGUUCGCAAAACUAGCAUCGGAGUCAAUGCUUGGUCACCACCACACACUAGAUGACAUACGGGCGGUUUGUAUCGGAGCAUUUUGGUUAGCUGAUGUGAGCUGGAAGCUUUCUGGUUAUGCUGUCCGUAUAGCAACCGAACGUAAUCUGCACCAGUUCUAUCGCAAGGCUGCGCAGGGCUCCGCAGAACAUCAAGAACAGGCCAGACUGUGGUAUCUCCUAUACACUUUGGAGCAUCAUUUCUCCAUUGCAUACGGACGACCACCCAUUAUUCACGAAGAUGCCAGUAUCACUCAACAUAAUACCUUUACCCGACUUCCAUCGGUAUCACAAGGUGACCUUCGAUUGCAUAGUCAAGUUGACUUGUUCAUAAUUCUUACUCGUAUAUAUUUUGCAUUUGGUCCCGACGUCGAUCUCGAAGUCUCCGAGAGCGAGUUCCCCAAGAUUGAGCAAUUUGAUAUGGAAUUGAAUGAUUGGAAAUCGGCAUGGUUACCUCGCUUAGUUGGUAAUCGGCACAUCGGAUCGUACCCCUACCAGGGCGUCUACAUGCAUUACCAUUUCUCUCGGCUGCAGUUGCAUUCAGUUGCGCUGCGUACAUAUCACUCAUCGACUUCUUCCAGACUCAUGUCUUCCGAGCGAAGGAAGCUUGCCAAUCUCGCGAUUGAAUCGGCUAUCGCUACUCUCCAGGUUGUGCUCGAUGAGAAAGACAUGCAGCGGGCUUUGGUCGGAGUGCCCUUGUAUCUACACAGCAUGAUCACUUUCGCAGCUGUUUUCCUCAUGAAGCUUGCCGCUAAAGCGUGUUCCAGCACCAAUAGCGGAGGACAGAGCCAACGGAACUCUAUCGCAUCCGCAGACUUACUGGUAGAUAUUGGCCAAGUGCGAGCCCUGGUUGGCCGUGUUAUCGACCUGAUGAUCUCAUGCAGCCGGAGAGCCAGUGAACGUCAUUUGAGUCAUCAUAUUGCAAGGGGUCUACAGAAGAUGCUGACUGGCCUCGAAGAAUGGGAGAGGCGAAACGGCAGUCAAUCAUUCACGGGCCCCUAUCCGUCAGACACCGCAUCAAUCUUCAAGCCAGUCAUCAUCCCCGGCGCUCAGAUCUUAGGAGAACGGGACACCAUUCUUGGCCACCCUCCUCCCCUGCUAGGCGUGGCUCCACUAUCCGCCGAACGAAGUAGCAGUGCUAGCCUUCAGCCUGCCAUGACAGGCAAAACCGAGCCGGGGCUGUCAGAAGGGUCGAUGGAUCCCAUGAUGGCAGAUCUAUGGGGGGUUCGACGAGGACUACUUCCCUACAGGAGUGUUCGACUUCUUGCAGAGCCAAAUGCCGGCGUAAUUACGUCACUCCAUCCCUAA